AUGAACGAAUUUUUGAUUUUGAAAGAUUUUUGCGAUGAGUACCGAGAUUUCGGGAACGCUCACAUGGUCGAUUUUAUUCACGGCGAUUUCUCUCAAAAGUAUUUGAAUUCCGGCAUGCUUGGAGAUGAAUUUAGAAGAAAGAUUGACGCUUGCAAAGAAUUGAUUGAAAAGAAACUGACGAAAGUUGAAGAUUUGAAGAAAGAGCUGAAAUCAGAGAAUGAAAUUUUGGCACCAGAUUCACCGAAAGUCAAGGAUAUGCCAGACAAAAAAUCAUACGAGAUCAGCCAGCUCUCACAUUUGAUCGCUGAUGUCUGCCAGACAACGGGGGCAGAUCACGUGAUUGAUGUUGGUGCCGGAAAAGGAACUUCAACAGAAGUCAAAAUCGACUGCGUGGGUGAUGUUGUUCGACCAGAUUGUUUGCCAGGCGUUGUUUCGGGGAGAAAAUCAGUUCUUGUGGGGCUUCAUUGCUGUGGCGAUCUAUCAAGUGUGCUUUGCCAUCUAUCCGAAAUCAUAGAAGAGAUUGUUGGGCUCGUUUUGGUACCGUGUUGCUAUCAUCAUUUAUCGGAGGAAUCGGAGUUGGAAGGAAAUUCAAAAAUAGAUAGAUACAGUACAGGAAUCGCUCGCGGCUUGACAAAAGAAGAAAUCGCCAAUUCUGAAGUCCAGAAAACUGAUAUUUGCGAGCGUUUUAUCGGAUUUCCGAUGUCAAACAUCUUCAGGAACCAAAAUCUUAUUCUAGGCCAAAAUGCAAGAAUGCUCGCUUGUCACUCUGAAGACAGAAUUCAGUCGGAUUCGAGUCUCAAAUCUGUGUUCUUUCGUGCGCUGCUGAAGGAGUUUCUGAUGGAGUUUUUCCCUGAUUUUGCGGUUGAUGCUGAUGGGAAAGAUGUCCGAGUUGGAAAGAUUUUCGCAAAAGCAGCGAAAGUCGAAAAGGAUGAUCGAAAAAUGUUCGAAGAAUACGUCAAACUGGCAGGAAAGAGACUGAAAAUUCCGGAUAUCAACGAAGAAUACCUGAAAAAAGCUGGGGAAAUGCUUGAAAAAUUCACUGCCGGUCAAAAAUACGAAGAUUUGCGAGAAAUUGAAGGGCUGCGAAAUCUGUACGCGAAAAUUGCUGAAUAUCUGAUUCUUGCUGACAAGAUGAAUUUUCUCGAAGAAAGCGUAAAGUGGCGGAAAUCUGCAGGGAUUCAAAUCUUUGAUCCCAAAAUGAGCCCUCGUGCUUACUGUCUGUUGGCUUACAAAUAA